ACGUCACUAGCUCAUGGACUCUUGCUAAUAUGAAAGAAAUGAAUUUAUCAGGUAAGUUCUUACAUAAAUUAUGUUAUUAUAUAAUUGUCUUCAAUUAUCUUGGUAUAUGCUGUUGAAGAAGCAACAAUGCACUACUGGGAGCAAGCUGAGACGAUUGAGUGAGCCAAUAACAUGAGGCUUAUAUGUGUAGCCACCAAUCAGCAGCUGCUGAGCCUACCUAGGUAUCCUUUUCAACAAAGGAUAUCAAGACAACAAAACAGAUAAUAGAAGUAAAUUGGAAAUUUGUUUAAAAUCACAUGUUCUAUCUGAAUUAUGAAUGAAAAACAUUAUGUUUCAUGUACCUUUUUUAGAUAUAGCUUCUUAGGAGAUACAAAUGUUAGUUGUACUUACUGCAGUAUUCUUAUAGUUACUAUAAGGUCAAAUUGUAAGAGUAAAAAUGUUAAGUAAAACAAGUCAGUUUUAUAUCAUAGACCUUUAUCAUUGUCAUCAAAAUAGAAAUUACUACACAGGGAAGAGGGGAAUGGGGCUAAAUAGCUAAUCAAAUUUGUAGCCACAGAUUCUUCAGUUUUCCUGAAGAAUCAAGAUGUCAUUGAGGUUUGUGUGACUUAGACAGAGAUCUGUGCAUUAAUAUGUAACAUGUACACCCUCCUCUUUAGCUGUAGGUCAGUGUUACUGUGACAAGGUGAGUACCUGUUUUUUGGAGUAUUGGGUUGAUUCACGUGUGACCAACAAGAAGACAACUUCUAAGAACCAAACCUCGGAGAUCUACAUGCUGACUGGGAAGGAACAAAUGGAGUUUGAUGAAGUUGCAGUUUAUUUCUCGGAGGAGGAGUGGGGCUUUAUAACUGAAGAACAAAAAGAGCUUUAUAAGGAUGUGAUGAUGGAGAAUUACCAGAGCCUCAGGUCUCUAGGAUAUGUUCAUGUAAAACCUUUACUUGUUGCAAAGAUUGAGCAUGGAGAGGAGCCGUACGUUUGCAGUUUUCCAGUCACCAAAGGAUAUGUUCAUGUAAAACCUUUACUUGUUGCAAAGAUUGAGCAUGGAGAAGAGCCAUACAUGUGCAGUUUUCCAGUCGCCAAAGGUGAAUUUACAAACUGCAGUAAUCCUAGUCAUGGUGAAAAUACAGAUACAUGUUUUAAUCUUCAAAAUCAAAGAAGCCACAUGGGAAAUUUAUGUUCUGAAUAUGGAAAAUGUUUUACCAGGACACCAAAUCUUUUAAGACAUCAGAAACUUCAUACAGAAGAGAAAACAUUUUCAUGUUCUAAAUGUGGGAAAUGUUUUGCUCAGAAAUCACGUCUUGUUAUGCACCAGAAAAUUCAUACAGAAGAGAAAGCAUUUUCAUGUUCUGAAUGUGGGAAAUAUUUUGUUUGGAAACAAAGUUUUGUUUUCCAUCAGAGAAUUCAUACUGGAUUAAAAGCAUUCUCAUGUACUGAAUGUGGGAAAUGUUUUACUGAUAAAUCAACGCUUAAUAGGCAUAAAAAAAUUCAUACAGGAGAGAAAGCAUUUUUAUGUUCUGAAUGUGGGAAAUGUUUUGCUCAGAAAUCAUGGCUUGUUAUGCACCAGAAAAUUCAUACAGGAGAGAAAGCAUUUUCAUGUUCUGAAUGUGGGAAAUGUUUUGUUUGGAAACAAAGUCUUGUUUUGCAUCAGAGAAUUCAUGCUGGCGUAAAAGCAUUCUCCUGUACUGAAUGUGGGAAAUGUUUUACUGAUAAAUCAACGCUUAAUAGGCAUAAAACAAUUCAUACAGGAGAGAAAGCAUUUUUAUGUUCUGAAUGUGGGAAAUGUUUUGCUCGGAAAACACAUCUUAUCAAGCAUCAUAAAAUUCAUACAGGAGAGAAAACAUUUUCAUGUUCUGAAUGUGGGAAAUGUUUUAUUGAUAAAUCAACUCUUACUAGGCAUCAGAAAAUUCAUACAGGAGAGAAAGCAUAUUCAUGUUCUGAAUGUGGGAAAUGUGUUAUUCAUAAAUCAACUCUUAAUAGGCACCAGAAAAUUCAUACAGGAGAGAAAGCAUUUUCAUGUUCUGAAUGUGGGAAAUGUUUUAUUGAUAAAUCAACUCUUAAUAUGCAUUAAAAAAAAAAUCAUAUAGGAGAGAAAGCAUUUUCAUGUUCUGAAUGUGGGAAAUGUUUUUCUCGGAAAUCAAAUCUUACGUCACAUCGAAAAAUUCAUACAAGAUAAUUAUUUUGUUCAUACAGAUGGCACAAAUCCACAAUCCAUUACUCCUGGGAAUUACUCUUCUCUACCUCAAGGAGGAAGCAAAGAUUCCCAAAUCCAAAGAGCCCUAAAACAAAAUUCCCACCUCACACAUGCCUCAGUUUUUACUUUGCCUCCACUGUAGGAUUUCCUGUCUAUAUUGAGGCCUAGUUUCCACUCAGUGUACAGUGCUUGUCAGAAGGAUGUAUACAUGGUGUAUGGUUUGAUUCUUUUUUCACCAUAAUUGGUUGCAGGGACUCUUGCUCCCUUUAUGGAUCUAAAAUAUACUCUUAUUCCUUAAACCUUUUGCUGAUAUGUUUCAGUACUAGUUUGGCUGUCUGUUGCUUAUUUGCUGGUGGAAGAGUUUCUAUUUUUAAGUAUUCUAUUAAACAUUAAACUAUGUUAUGGACACUUGUAUAUAUGGACCUGGAGCAGAAUCCUUUACACUAUUCCGUUUCAGUUUUGCACACUUUUUUUGGGGGGGGCCUUUAAGUUUGUGUGUUACGCACAUCGGGUUAACGCUUGUCGAACUAGCACAUGUCCCUUUAGUCUUUGUUUAGUUUUGCGCAUUGGGUUAACGCACAUUCGUCCUCGGCUAUGCACACAUAGGAUUUUUUUUACAUGCAUUAAUGCUUUCUGAUAAGCAUUAUCUGCCUUCUAAUUUUAUGUUAAUGUCUCCUGCUUUGUUUUCCAGUUCGGCUUAGCACGUAUUGUGACUGUGAGUUUAUUUAAAAAUCUACCUAGGAGGGGUGAUUUCCAUUUCACAGGAGCUUUUUAGGGGGUUAAAGUGUUUAUUGCAUUGUUUUGCCAAAAGCUAUAAUAGAGCAGUCUGAUUUUGUCCAUAAAUCUGCACAAGAAACUGAGUCCCCUGAACACCUUUCUACUAUUAUUAGUGUGCUUAUUGUAAAAAGUUGUAGUGCCUUCUCCAGGUCAUUUAUGUGGCUCAUGUUUAGAAUUGUUAAUGCAAUCAGACCAACCUAAUGAUGUUUCCUUGGAUAUGAACACACCAGGAGAAUACUGACAUCAUUUUACAUACUGUUAACAUUUUUAUCAAGGCUGCAGUUUCUGAGGCACUGACUACUCUCCCGCCUUCAAACAAGGCCAGUUCAGAUUUUACCUUCUACAAGUUAUAUCUGCCCUGAAAGGAAGUUUCCUCUGGUGAUGAGGAAUCUUCAUCUGAUGUUGAACCUGAUAUUUUGGACCUCAGGCCACCAUCCACCACAGCGGAUUACUUCUCAUUAUACUAGGUCAGUUGCCACUUCUUGGGCUUUCAAGCUUUAGUUGACCAUAUCUACUUGAUCUUUGUAUACUUUUACAAAAUUCUACCAUUUUUAUGUUUUUGCUUCUUCUGAAGCAACUUUUGGUAGGAAGGUUCUUCGGGCAGCUGUCUCAGUUUGACAUUUUGCCUGUUUGAUUUAUUUUAAUUGCAUUCAAAAAUAUUUUUUUAUUUGGGUUGUGGAUUUAAUUUUCCAGUGAAAAAAAUGGUUUUCCCUUUAUGUUAUUACUCGCGUACUCCACAGCUUGAGUAUUAUUUCCCAGGAGUAAUGUAUAGUGGACUCUCACCACCUGUAUGAAAGAAAACAUAAUUUAUGCUUACCUGGUAAAUUUAUUAAUGUAUGGUGGUGAGAUUCCAGAAGACCCCACCCUUAUGUUUUUUUAGGGUUAUUUUUUUUCUUAGCAGUUAUAUUUUCCCUACUCUUUUUCUUUCCUCACAUUGAUUGGCUAUACAUUAGACUGAUGUCUUUGUGAGGUGGGAGGGGGCUUAUAGGGUUCUUGGGGUUUGAGAAUUUUUGCCUCCUAAGAAAAGUAAUUUGCAGGAGUAAUAGAUCGUAGACUCUCACCAUCAUGAAAUAAAUGAAUUUAUCAGGUAAGCAUAAAUUAUCUUUUUAGGUUCUGAAUUUUUACAGGCAAGUUUGUAUUUAUUUUAACUAGCUAUAAUAGUUUCUAAAUAG